GCCGAGCCAGAGCGAGCCAGAGCCGAGUCCUGCUCCGCGCCUCGCCACCGAGCUCGCCACCCUACGCCGCGACUGCCGCGACUCCGCGACACGAGCCCGCCGCGCGCCGCGCCUCGACCCGCGCGCCGCGACACUGCCCGAGUUUGCCGAGUCCAUGUUGGCAAGUCCGAGACUGGCUGGCAGGGGCCGGUUAGGGCCACCGACCGCGCCGAGCCACCCCGGUGGAGCCACCCCGGCGAACAGUGUGCGCGCACCUCGCGCCCAGCAGCCCAGGAUUAGUGCAGUGUGAUACAACAACUGUGAACGUGUGUGAAGGUGUGUGUGUGUCUUGGUGCGCGUGCGGCGCGUGAAAUGCCCCCCAGCCGGAGGGUUCGCGCCGAGGCCCCCACCGCGCCCUCCGCGCCCACCGCGGCGCCCGCCCCCCGCGCCCCGGCCGGCAUGCCCUGCGCCACCCUCGCCCUCUUGCUGGACCCGGUACGCGACGGACUCCGUGGCUGCCUUCGCGGCCCGUACCUCUGAACUGCUGGAUGCACACCACUGCGCCAACGUCACCACAGCUAGCCGUCUACGUGAAGCUCCUGUGCCUGCUGAUGGUUGUCAUCUGCGGUGCGGCGGUGCCCAUGGAGGAGAAGGUGCGACUGUUCAACGAGAAGACCAAAGGCUUUAUGGAGGCGUCGAGGAAGGGCCACUUCGUGUCCGCGAGGAACGUCACGCUGUCCAAGUUCACCAAUCUGACGAUUCGGUCGACCAACGAGAUCGGCGUGGUCGAACUGGUGUUCGCAGAUGUCACCCCGCCGCGCCACCUCUGUAUAGACAAGACCGGCAAGCUCAAAGCCCAAAUGAAAAAGCGACGGCCGGGCUGCCUGUUCCGGGAGUGCGUGGACGGCAACUACUUCUUCUACCUGACGUCGCACCCGCGGCCGCGGCUGCUGGGCUUCCACGGCCACGACCAGUACAACCCGCUGGGCCCGCCGCGGUGCUGCGACAUGACGCGCGACGGCGAGCACGGCGACGGCGAGCACCUGGUGCCGGACGCGGCGGGCGGUUUCUCGUGCCAGCGGCGCCGCGUGCCGCGCAGCCAGGUGGACUACUUCUUCUUCCUGAAGAAGCGCGGCGAGAACGCAACCCUGGCCGACGCCAUCCCGGCGCACAACACCCGCCAGGGCGGCCACAACCGCAGCCCGGCCAGCCCGGCCGGCCCGGCGGACCACCACCUCUCGCCGCACCACGCCGACGACCCCGCCCGGCGGCCGCCGCACCACCAGCAGCACCAGCAGCAGCACCAGCAGCGCCACCGCGGCCAGCAGCACCAGCCCGAGUGGCAGCCGCAGCCCAGCGAGCGGCAGCUGCAGCGGCGGCACCACCGCAAGCAGCAGCAGCAGCAGCUACAGCAGCAGUUGCAGCAGCAGCAGCCGCACCGGACGCGGCACCACCACCAUCUGACGAUGCCCGCGAGAACGCCGCGGCCCCUGGUGCCCCUGGUGCGGCCCGUGGUGCGCGUCAGACACCGGAAGAAGCCCCACCCCCGCGAGCCGGCCCGCGACGCGCCCCACGACGUCAACCAGCUGCCCUGGGACUAGCCGGCCGACCAGCCGGCCCGACCAGCCGCCCCAACCCGCCCCACCCCACUCAGAUGUUUAGGCGCAAGCUUCAUGUGUGUUACGCUUAGUUCCAUUUUAGCUAAUUAACUCAGUUAUGUCGACGGAAAAUUGGUUAACCAACGGAGUUCUGGAAUUUCUAUUAAUGUCCGCAGGGACUCUUUUGGUCCUGAAAAACAUCUAACAUUAUGAAAGUAUAAAAGACCCUUCUAACACUUAACAAAACGUAGAAAUAGUUGAAAAGCCCGCGAAAGCGACUCGUCGGAGAAUGUGCUAACGACGGCAUUUUUUACGGUGCCAAAUGUAAAUAUUAUUUAGUCAAGUUAUGACAAGAUUAUUCCAGUGAAACUGUUUGUAUUUUUGUUCAUGAUAGCGUGGGGAAUAACAUUUCCACGAGUUUUAAAAUUACAAUAUCUCAAAUCUUUACCGUGCCAAAACAAAGUAAUAAUCGGCGAGCAGCCCGUUUGUAAUUUGUGUCUUGUUUGCAAUUUGUUUGGAGCAAAAUGCAAACAGGGCAACGACUGUUGGCGACGUUUACGGUUUAAGGUUUGUAUUAUGCUAGUCCUCAUUGUUUCUAAUGUGAGCCACUAGUGGCGCUUCGUAUUGUGCCAGGAUUAUAGUACAAGUAUUAUCCAAGCAGCAGUAUUAUCCUGUUCCCACCCGAUGAAAUCUCAUUCCAUAAGUUCGUAAAAGACGCAUUCCAUUACGUCUCUAAGGUAUAAUUAUACAUUUAACGCAGAAAGUCAACUGUCGCCGCUCAGAAAGGGCUCGAAAGGACGCGGGAACUAAGUUUUCCCUUCGUCUUGCUUGCAAUCCUUUCCGGCGCAUCUCCACUCUUGAACGAGUAUUAGUUUUAUGUGCAUGGGGGGAAACAACUUUUAACUGUGUGUACACAAACUAGGAAUAACUUACCUUUUGUUCGUUUUGUUUCAGUUAUUGUGCGUACUGUACUUCUGUGUUGUUCUUAAAUUUUUUUUUAAAUCUGGCGAUGUUUUAAAUAAGCUUAUAUGUUUCCCCCGUUUAAGUUACUCCGGAAUAUUUAUAAGUUUGCAAGUUGUUGUGUGUAUAGCCAGUUCACUGCCAAAGCUCAUCAAAUGAAAUGAUCACUAAUAUAUUUAUUUAUUAUGUUUGUAUCAAACGCUAUAAACUAUUUCACUCUAGCUAUUUUAUUUGCCUGUUCUACUAGUUGUAGGAUUGUAUAGCUAGAAGCCAUGCAAGUAAUUUUUCGGGUCGUCAUCCCACAGCCAAGCAAUAUUUGAAAAUUUUCCCGGAAAAUUGACUUUAUGUUGUCGCCAAAACUCUCAAAAAAAUUAUCUACGUUAUUAAAUGUGAAUGUAAUGUUCUACAAUAAAUAAAUUUGCGACCCAAAAUCUA